AUGCAAAAGCUUCUUACAGCUUUACAGUCUACAUUUUCCAUGCGAAAUCUGGGAACUUUACACUCCUUCCUUGGACUGCAGGCUACCUAUACUAAUCACGGUAUGCAUCUUUCUCAAUAUGCUUAUGCUACUGAUUUGCUUCGUAAAGCAGCUAUGUCGGACUGUAAGCCUGUAAGCACACCUCUUCCAACCAAAUUUUUCCAGUCUGUUCAACCGGACUGUCCAUAUGAUCGUCCCGAUCAUUACCGUCAAAUUACAGGAGCUUUACAAUAUCUAACUCUGACAAGACCAGAUUUAUUGUAUGCCGUUAAUUUCCUAUGUCAGCAUAUGCAUGCUCCAAUGCAAUCUCACUACUUGCUGCUUAAACGAGUCCUUCGUUAUGUCAAAGGUACCUUGACACUCGGUUUACCCAUUCAUUCUUCUACACUUGAGCUUACGGGCUAUGCUGACUCCGAUUGGGCCACCAAUCCUGACGAUCAACGGUCCAUCACCGGCUACUGUGCCUUAAAAAGAUGUACUGGAACUUGA